ACGACAGAAUUUGAUUCAGCUAAAGUCGAUUCUAUAUAACAUCAUCAUCAUCGUUAUUUGAAUUAUCGAAAAAUCGAUUAUCAAUCGAUAAUUAAUUAAGAGAUUUGAUGGCUCGCUCACUGCUCAUCAUCAUCAUUAACUUGUUAAUUACGUUAUUGAAUUAAUUGAUUGAUUAAUUAAUUUUUUCAUCAGAAAAAUUCUGAUUAUAAAAACAGCUUGAAUAUUCAUAAAUGAAGAAGAUAUCAUCAGAUUAAAGUAAUUUUGUUCAAUCGAAUCCGUCUCUACUACCAAAUACUUUGUUUGAAUUCUGUUCUUCCGAAUCAUCAUCAUCAUUAUCGUCUCGGAUGUUUUCAAGAUAAAGAAAUUGUUUUUAAAAAAAAAAAUUUCGUCCAUUUUGAAUCGAAAAAAAGAAGAUUUUUCCAGUGCUGGGUGUCCAAAAUUCAAUUUUUCGCCAAUUUCUUCGCCACUUUAUUUCACAGUGAAAAAAGUGAUAAUUUCAUUUUAGGUUUUCAGUUUUUUCAUCCGAUAAAACGCCACUCAAAAACAAUCAUCAUCAUCGUCCAUUUUUUCAGUGUUGUCCAUUUUUCAGCGAUAAAUCAUCCAUAAUGUCAUCAAUAAAUCCAACAACAACAACAAUAUCAUUAAUGUCAAAAUUUCGUGGAUGUAUGAUUGGUGGUUUAAUUGGUGAUUGUUUAGGUUCACCAUUCGAAGGUGAAACAUCCAUACCAAUAGAUUCUAUACAAAAAUUUUUAACCAAACAAUUGGAAGAACAAUCUGAAAAAUCUCCUGGAUUUCAAAUAUUAUCCUAUACUGAUGAUACAGCAAUGACCAAAUCAAUAGCUCAAUCAUUAAUUGAAAUGAAAAAAUUUGAUCCAAAAGAUAUUGCAAAACGUUUUGCAUUGGAAUAUAAUAAAGAACCUAAACGUGGUUAUGGUACAAAUGUUGUUGAUGUAUUUGCAGCAUUAAUGUUGACCAAUUAUGAAUCACCAUAUGAACCGGCUAAAAGACAAUUUGGUGGUUUUGGUUCCUAUGGAAACGGAGGUGCAAUGCGUGUUGGUCCAUGCGCAAUGUAUGGCUAUAAUAUGGAAUUAAAUAAAUUAUUAGAAUUUACACGUGAUUGUGCACGUAUAACACAUUCAAAUAUUUAUGGUUAUAAUGGUGCAAUAUUACAAUGUUUAGCAAUACAUCAAGCAUUACAUUUACAUUCAAUUAUACGUACAAUAACAGAUAUAAAUCAUUAUCUAAAUAAUUUAAUUGAAAAAAUGUUACGUAUUGAAUUGGAUUCACAAUCAGCAUAUACAAUGAUGAAUCAACAUAAUCAACAGAAUCAUUCAACGAUAAGUAAUAAUCAUCAUUUGAAUUCAACAGCGACGACGAAUAAUGAUAAUAAUAAUCAACAACAGAUUAAUAAUCAAGAAAAAAAAUUAUUAACACCAUUUAGUGAUAAAUUAAAAAAAGUAAAAGAAAUUUUAAAUAAUGAAUUGAAAGGAAAUGUUCGUUAUUCAAUUGAUAAAAUUAUCAAUGGCCUUGGUAAUGAUGUUUCUGCAUUCAAAUCAGUACCGACAGCAAUUUAUUUUGCAUUAAAAGGACAGAUUUCUGGUGGUCGUUUAUUAGAUUCGUUUGAUCAUCAUCAAUCACCAAUUGUACGUACAUUAUAUUAUUCAUUAAUGAUUGGUGGUGAUACUGAUACAAUUGGUUCAAUGGCAUGUUCAAUAUCAGGUGCUUUAAAUGGUAUUGAAUCAAUACCGAAAAUUUUAUUAAAACAUUGUGAAUCAAGUGAUAUUAUGGAAAAAUAUGCUGAUGAUUUAUUUCGUUUAGUACGUUCAACUAAUUCACCACCAUCGUCAACAACGACAACAUCGACAUCUUCAACUUGACAUCAAUCAAUCAAUCAAGCAAAACAAUGACAAAUUUGAAAAUAAACACACACACUAACAUUUUAUUUUUCAUUUUCACGAUUUACACACACACACACACACAACACGCUGUUCUAAGAAAUAACACAGAGAUAUACACACCAAGACAAACAGAUGAAUGAAUUCACAAUGAUUUGAAAAUGUUUACAUUUUUCAAAACAAAAAAAAA